UGGGUUUAUUACGAUUUGAUUGGUCGGCUGCGUUUAGCGUUUGCUUGCUUUUCGUGAGCUCUACGCUUGGCUGCUGACGGAGUGUACACUCGUGCGGAGUUAAUAAUUACUUGUGUGGAGUCUUAUUUAUUUGUGAAAGAAAAAAACAUUAAGAUGUCGUCCAAAACAAAAAAGACUGUUACAUCGUCCUCUAACAUAAGUGUGGUGUCGUCAGUGCAAAGCCCGCAGCAGUCAAGCACUCCUGUGGGAAGCCGCCCUUCUAGUUCAGCCGGCCGGCCAAAUAGCCCGCUGAGCCCUACAAGACACACCCGUCUGCAGGAGAAAGAUGCGUUACAAAAUCUUAAUGACCGCUUGGCGGCAUAUAUUGAUAAAGUCAGACAAUUGGAAACUGAAAAUUCUGGCUUGCGUCGCGAGAUCACAACCACACAGGAGGUGGUCACACGCGAGGUUUCCAACAUCAAGGGAAUGUACGAGCAUGAAUUGCAAGAUGCCCGUAGACUCUUGGAUGAAACAUCGCGUGAAAAGGCUAAAUUGGAAAUUGACAUGAAGAGGUUAUAUGAAGAGAAUGAUGACUUGAAAAAGCGCUUGGAAAAGAAGACUAAAGAAUGGCAACAAGCCGACAAUAUGUCGCGGCACUUCGAGACGCGCUACACUGAAGAAUCUAACAAAUACAACACAGCUCUCGCUGAUAAGAAGAAGGCUCAAGAUGAAGCCAGGGAGCUGGCCAAGGAAUUGGAGAAGUUGCGCAAGGUGUACGCGGAGACCCGCAAGACCUUGGAAGAAGAGAUGCUGUGCCGUAUCGAUAUGGAGAACACGGUGCAGAGCCUGCGCGAGGAACUGGCCUUCAAGGAACAGGUGUACCAGCAGGAGUUGCAGGAGACGCGUACCAGGCGACAGGUUGAAAUCUCUGAAAUCGAUGGUCGCUUGGCCCAGCAGUACGAAGCUAAGCUGCAGCAGAGUCUGCAAGAGUUGCGUGAACAACAGGAAGCCAACAUCAAGGCCAACCGCGACGAAAUUGAAGCUCUCUAUGAAAACAAGAUGAAGAAUCUGCACAACGCGGCUAACCGCAAUAGCACGGCCGCCAGCGUUGCCGUUGAAGAGCUGCGUACCAUGCGCACACGCAUCGACAGCCUCAACGCCACGCUCAACGAUCUGGAGAACAAGAACGCAGCACUAAGCAACCGUUGCCGCGAGUUGGAGCGCCAGUUGGAGACUGAACGUGCCCGCCACGCGGAGGACCUGGCGUCGCUUGAACAGGAGUUGUCCCGGCUGCGCGACGAGAUGGCGGCGCAACUGCGCGAGUACGCCACGCUCAUGGACAUCAAGAUCUCGCUUGAUUACGAGAUCGCUACAUACCGCGCUCUGCUUGAAGGAGAGGAGGACAGGCUGAACCUGACCACUCAGUCCCCUGGUCGCGAGUCCCGCGCGUCCGCUAGCGGCGUAUCUAUGAGUGCGAGCGGCUCCCGCGGCACCCCGUCCCGCCGCGCCACCCCGCUCCGCGCCGCCCGCAAGCGCACCCUGCUCGACGAGUCCGAGGAGCGCAGCCUCAACGACUUCAGCGUCACCUCCAGCGCCAAGGGAGACCUCGAGGUCGCCGAGGCCUGCCCCGACGGCACCUUCGUCAAGAUCAGGAACAAGGGCAAGAAGGAAUUGAGCCUGGGCGGCUACCAAAUCGUCCGUAAAGCAGGUGACCAGGAGACAGUGUUCAAGUUCCACCGCACCGUGAAGCUGGAGCCGGGCGCGAUCGCCACCGUGUGGUCAGCUGACGCCGGCGUCGACCACGAUCCGCCGCGUGACAUCGUCAUGAAGGGACAGAAGUGGUUCGUCGCCGACUCCUUCACUACUGCCUUACUCAACAACGACCAGGAGGAAGUCGCGGUGUCGGAGAGACUACGGCGACAAAUAAGCACCAGCGCCCAGAGACACCGCGAGCUGACGCACAAGUACCCUCGUCGUGAACAGAUUGGAGAACUUCGUCAGGCUGGUGACGAGAACUGUCGUAUUAUGUAACAGCGGCACGGUCCUGAGGCGGCCGGCCGCACUCGCCACACGGUGCCUCUCGCUUCACCCGGAGCUGUGGACUCUGCCCUAUGGGCAUCCUUCAGAUUAACUAACAUAGUUCCAGUAGAACAGUCUUUAUUUCUACACCGAAACAAACCACAUCUAGACUAGAUUAAAAAAAAAAAUAUAUUAUCAAAUUAAAGCUAGCAAAGACUACAAAUUGUUGUUAAAAAUAUUGCAGUUGUUAUAGUAUAAAUAAGACAUUAAAUAAAUUCGGUGGAGUUGUGAAGAGACAGCAGGUACCAUCUAAUAGGCAUAUAGCAACAAUACUUGCCUCAAGGUAUCAGUUACAGGAAAUGAAAUAUAUCUGUCUACCCAAUUUGUCACAAGGAACGAAAUGUUCAGUUUAGUAUUCUAACAUAUACGAAACUAGCUAUAUGCCUAUCAGAUAUUACUGAAAUAAAUACAUUAUGCCUUCUAUGUUCGUCUUGUCAGCGACAAUUUUUCCUGUUUUGGUUUAUCUCUGGUCAUCAAAUUAUAAUAUUUCAAUUAUAAUAAGUUUAUAAGCACUGCCUAAUGCGGCUUUUUAUGAUUAUAAUAUAUAGACAGUGAACAAAGUACAAAGAAAUCGUUCACUUAUUGGUGAGAUGAUUGCAAUCCUUCAAAGAUGUUGCGGAACAUUUCCUUUCUAGUUCUAGCUUCAGUGGAACUCUGAAUAUUUUGCUAAAGUAUAUGAAAUCGUUAAAAUAAUGCUUUGGGGGAUUGCAAUCCGUAGUGGGUAAGUAUAGAAAUACCGUUUUUGUUCACCCCACCCUUUCCUAAGUUAUCAUAAGAAAUUUUAUAUCCAUUGAAAUACAAUAAUUUAAAGCGUCCGAUUCAUCAAUACGUAGAUUAAAUCUACUAAUAAUAUCAUUAUUCUUAGUUACUUUGAACUAGAUAAAUUCACUGUAUUAGGUUAAGUUUCUGUUGACUAUCACAAUCGAUGGCGAUUUAGGUUAAGCGUUAGUACGCAUCUGAGUAUUUUAGGACUUCAAACAUUAUGAGCGCUUACAAACGCAAAUAUCUUGUGUGGUGUCUUUCAAUAAUAUAUUGUUCAAGGUUAUUCUUUGGUCUAAGGAGGAAAUUAACUUUUGUUUUCAAUUUGUGGUAAAGUAAUCCAAUCAUGUAAUCGGAAGAUAUGCAAUUGAAUAACCAUUUCAUGACUGAUUGUUAAAAAAAAACCUUAAAUGAAUAUGUAGGUGCAAGUCUCAAAUGAAAGACUACGUCAGAAUAAAAAUGAGAAAAUAAUAGCAUUUAUAGUGGGUUCUGAAUAAAGUUUUGACUAAAAAAUGAUUAUUAAAAUUCACACUUAGUGGUAAUUUAUGUUUUUAAUCAUUGAGGAUAGAAUCUGAUUCAUUAUCAUUCUACUUUGUUUUAUGAGUAAUCAUGAGACCUUUUUAGUUUGGACCCAGUUUAUAUCUUCCAUGUAAUAAACCAUAUAAUAUUAAAAUAAAGUUAUAUUUAAGUUU